GUUGUGCCUCUACAUUAAGUGCCAAGGUGUACAGUAGGGUCUAGGGUUAGAGAAUGUGUAUUGGUGCAGGGUCCAUGUCAGCAAAUGUUGUAUAUUCAGACCUCUGGUGAGAACAUGUCCUAUAGCUGUCAUUCACAGAAUAAUUUCAACCUGGACGAUGACCACCACGCAGUCAUCCAACAAUAUAGAAAUCAGAAUAGUGAGGCUUACUUAUUUCAACCUGUUCAGAACACAAAACACAGAUUACCAGAAGAGAGAAACAAUAGGCUGUCACACAGUCCUGGACAAAGAGAGGAGGAAUAUUGUGCGCUUUUACAGUAGAGCUGCAUUGAGCAGGUGAUACUGGAACUAUCCUGAGGGGUGUACUGUAGGUGUGGUGGAUAGAUUAUGCUUUACAUAGAGAGAGACGGAGAGCACCGAGCUAGUCUGUUCCAGACUGGCAAAAACCCUAGAGAUGCAGAGAGAGGGGUGGUGGGGUGCAGAACACACCCAGAGCCAGUGAACAGAAUGUUUCACAACCAGGGGUGACUGGUGUGUCUGUGUUCCAGAGUGUAGAAGAAUAGAAUAGAGAAAGAUCAGGAGCUGAGCGAACACCCCCUGGUGUUGGUAGUGUUGAUGUCACUAUAGGAGGAGCUCUCUGUCCACUCACACCCAGUCCAACCCUGGUCUUCUCCUCUUCCUUUCCUCCUCUACUCCUCUGGGAUUGACCUGACCCCUAUUCCUCUCAUCUCCCAUUUCUAUAAUUUCUUCCUCUUGUCCUCCGUGUGGAACAGAGCCAUGCACCCCCAGCGUCCUCUCCCCCAGGCCAUGCCCUCCUCCCUCGGGCAGAACCUGCGUGACAUGGCCAUGGGCCUAGGCAGAGGGAAGAACUUCCUUGGUGGGAACAUGGCCUAUGGCUUCAUCCAGUCCCUCAAGGAGUGCUUCUACUUCGUACUCUGCUGCUGGUGCAUCAAGGAGAUACUGGACUGACUGACUGAGACACUACGAGAGGGAGAGGGGCACGAGGCUAAGAUGUUAAACACAGCGUGUGAAGCGGUGUAAGUAUGAGUCUUGUCAUUACAUACAUUAGAUACUGUACAUAGUUUGACUCCAAAAUAUAAGAUGUUUGCCAAACUGUUUACUGACAACAUAAUUUCCUUUCAGCUACGGUACAUGUUAGCUGUAAAAUAUUCUACCAAAUAUGUAGGACUGUGUAGUAUGUUAUGGUUUACAUGUUGUACUAUAUGGCCCUGGUGUGUGGAUUUGCUCCUCUUAGUGCCCAUGAUGCAGUUCUGUAUUCCUGUCUGGAGACUUGAGAAACUGAUGUGCUGCCUGGUGUAUCAGAGGAUUUCUGUUAUUCUCUGAUCCCGAGUCAGUCGGUCUGGAAACCUGCAGUGUGUGUGUGUGAAGAAUCGUCUUAACACCAAUCAGCUGAUCCUAGACCUGUGGAGAAACCAAACCUGUGAGGCAAUGGACAUGGAUUUUGAUGCUGCUUAGGUCACAUUUAAUUCCAAGUUUUAUUAAUUUCUGUACAGUCUUAAUAUGCAAGGAAUAAAAAUGAAUGUAAUAUCUGA